GUAAAGUUGCAAAACCAGACAUCUCUUAGAACACACUUCUCAGUCCUAGCUCCUCUCUCUCUUACUCUGCAUCAAAUUGAUCAGACUUGCUCUCGAUUCUAAGGCCGUUAAAGUCCGACAAUUUCGGGGGAUGCGAUGGAACCUUGUGCCGCGACAUUGAUGACCGAAUUCCUCCGGCAGUCUGGCGGCGCCGCCGUGAUCGACGGUGGGCUCGCGACGGAGCUCGAACGCCACGGCGCGGACCUCAACGAUCCCCUCUGGAGCGCCAAGUGCCUUCUCACUUCUCCACAUCUCAUUCGCGCGGUACACCUUGAUUAUCUUGAAGCUGGCGCAGAUAUUAUAAUUACAGCAUCUUAUCAGGCCACAAUUCAGGGUUUCGAGGCCCGGGGCUUUUCAAGAGAAGAAAGUGAAGCCCUGCUCAAGAAAAGUGUUGAGGUUGCUCUUGAGGCUCGGGAUAUCUAUUAUGAAAGAUGUUUAAAGAGCUCUUCUAGUGGUAUUGGAGAUGAUAAAAUUCUCAAGCAUCGGCCAAUCUUAGUUGCGGCAUCUGUAGGGAGCUAUGGAGCUUACUUGGCUGAUGGGUCUGAGUACAGUGGCAUUUAUGGUGAUGCUAUUACGAUAAAAGUUUUGAAAGAUUUUCACCGGAGAAGGGUUCAGGUCUUAGCAGAAUCAGGCCCUGACCUCAUUGCAUUUGAGACGGUGCCAAAUAAACUUGAAGCUCAGGCUUAUGCUGAACUUUUGGAGGAAGAGAACAUUAGUAUUCCUGCGUGGUUUUCUUUCAAUUCUAAAGAUGGCAUCAAUGUUGUUAGUGGUGAUUCUAUACUUGAAUGUGCUUCCAUUGCUGAAUCAUGCAAGAAAGUUGUUGCCGUUGGGAUCAACUGUACCCCUCCAAGAUUUAUUCACGGACUGAUAUCGUCUGUUAGCAAGGCGACUACAAAGCCAAUACUUAUAUAUCCAAAUAGUGGAGAAAGUUAUGAUCCGCAUAAAAAAGAGUGGGUGAAAAAUACUGGAAUUUCAGAUGACGAUUUUGUCUCAUAUGUAAACAAAUGGGUCGAGGUCGGGGCUUCCCUUGUGGGAGGUUGUUGCAGAACAACGCCAGAAACUAUCCGAGCCAUAUACAGAACUCUUUCCAACAAUAGACUGCUCCAGCCCUGAAGUAAACUCAUUGACUUGAUGGAGUAGAGGAAAUGAACAAUGAUGUUGUGUUGAAACAAAAAACGAAGUCGGUGAGAAGUCGAAUGACGUCCUUGUUUGGUUACGAGGGAAAGAGGAGACCUCAUACAAGCUGUUAAUAAAUCUGCCACAAGCGAUGGGUGUUCCACAGCUUAUACCAAAUUUUGAAGCGAUGAUUUAUGCCCAAGUUUUGUAACCAACUGAAUGAAAAAAUAGACGUCUCGAAUUUUGAGUUUUGUUUUCUUUAUUUAUUCAAGACAUCAGGUGAUAUCCAAUUACAGUUUGCCAUUGGUCUCUUGACUUAUUUCUUGUAGUUUAUUGUUCUUUUUAACUUUUAUCCUAAUCUUCCCACCC